UUAUUUACUUUCAUUCGCGCCCUACUAUUAUUUUGUUUACAAUUUAAUUUUUGUGUUAUUUUGUAGUUUUCCAAUUGAAGUUCAUAAAAAAAACUAUAAUGAACAAUACUUGUGAUGGAUUGAAUGUUUCACAACCGCUGGAGCGAAAGCAGCGUUUGAGAGAAUUAAUUGACAUAAAUAGAGAAAUACAUACACGUUUGGCAGAGCAAAGUAUCGAAGAUACACUGAAUCAACUAUCCAGUGUCGUAAAAAGCUCCGACAUCAUUCAUGGCGAGGGCAACAUCACCGAUCGAGCUGAACACACCAGCGAAGUGAUGCGUGAUGCUCAAUUGCUCAAAAUGAAUCACGAAUUAAUGUCCAAGGUAUUCCAACAGAGUUCGCUGAUGGGAAGUUUCAGUGAGCAAAUCUAUCAAAAUGCUAUCCGUCAAGCCGUAGCCACACAAGGUGAAGAUGAUUGGAAACCAUUGACGGAGAUCGCAUGCUCUAUAGCGCGCAUGGCACGUGCGAAAUCCUCUAUGCUUGGUGCAUAUAAAGUUGAAGUGAAGGAACGCAUAGCGAAAGAGCGACAGCAACGUAAGAAAGCGGAACAGGCGGAAGAAAAACAACCCGAACGUGUCGAUAAACUGCAGCGCAAGGACAAGGGUGCCAAUAAACUGAAUAUUGUCGGCGGCCAAUUGCGUCGUUUAUUAAACAAUAAUUCCGGUCGACCCAUACCAUAUUACAAGCUCAUUAUUGAUCCAAAGAAUUUUAUGAAUACCGUUGAAAAUGCCUUUCAAAUUGCCUUCCUAGCACGCGAUAAUCUCAUUGCGAUCGAGCCGGGUGAAGAUAAUUAUCCACAUGUACGGUUGGUGCAUAGCGAGGAAGUGAAUUCGGUCAAAGAGACCACGCAAGCCAUUUGCACGCUAAAUCUGGAGAAGUGUCGGGAAAUGAUUCUCUUUUAUGAUAUAAAAAGUCCAAUGCUUGUUAUUGAAAGUAAUCCGGAUGAAUGAAAUUUUCGUGACCUUGAAAAAUUUACUAUAUACCCGCUUUGGCAAAAUAAAGUACAAUUAAAUAAUAAGUUUAUAUAGGUAUAGCUUUAUGUAUACUAUUUCUGAAAUAAAGCGUGAGAAUUUAAAUUUUUUACAUA